AUGUGCUAUGUUAAUGAAUGGCCAAAAAGGUUUCUGAAAACAUUUAUUCAGCAGUACAGUGAUUAUCAGGUUAAUCUACUAAUUGACAAUGAAGCGGAGAAGGAUUACCUUUAUGAUGUGCUGCGGAUGUACCACCAAUCUAUGAAUCUCCCAGUGCUUGUGGGGGACCUAAAACUUGUGAUUAAUGAACCAAGCAGAUUGCCUCUAUUUGAUGCUAUCCGCCCGCUUAUCCCAUUGAAACACCAGGUGGAAUAUGAUCAGCUUACACCCAAAAGAUCACGAAAGCUGAAAGAGGUGAGAUUGGAUCGUUUGCAUCCUGAAGGACUCGGAAUAAGUGUGAGAGGUGGAGUGGAAUUUAGCUGUGGCCUCUUCAUCUCCCAGUUAGUUAAAGGAGGACAGGCAGACAACGUUGGACUUCAGGUUGGAGAUGAGAUAGUUCGUAUAAAUGGAUAUUCCAUUUCGUCAUGCACACAUGAAGAAGUCAUAAACCUCAUUCGUACAAAGAAAAUAGUGUCCAUAAAAGUAAGACAUGUUGGCAUGAUACCUGUCAAAAGUUCAGCAGAUGAACCCCUUAAAUGGCAAUAUGUGGACCAGUUUGUGUCAGACUCUGGGGAAGGAAAAGGCAGUGUUGCUGGUCUUGCUUCUUCUGGAGGGAGGGACAAUAAAGAGAAAAAAGUCUUCAUUAGCUUGAUUGGUACAAAAGGCAUGGGCUGCAGUAUUUCCAGUGGUCCAACACAAAAACCAGGCAUUUUUAUCAGCAAUGUUAAGCCGGAUUCUCUUUCAGCAGAGGUGGGCUUAGAGGUCGGUGAUCAGAUUGUUGAGGUAAAUGGAGUGGACUUUUCUAAUGUGGAUCAUAAAGAGGCUGUCAGAGUGCUCAAAAGUAGUCGUACUUUGACUAUCUCUGUGGUAGCAGGCGCUGGAAAGGAGCUGUUCAUGACUGAAGAAGAAAGGCAGAGAGAAGCACGUCUCCGUGAGCAAGAACGUCAGGAGUUGAUGCAUCAGAAGCGACUUGCACUGGAGACUAACAAAAUAAUCAAAGAGCAGCAAGAGAAAGAGAGAUUAAGAAAACUGGAGAUUUCCCAGAAGGCUGCAGAGGAAGAAGAGAGAUAUCGCAGAGAAAUAGAUCAGAUAACAGCAGAGGAAGAGAAAUUUAAAAAGGAGUGGGAAGAAGACUGGGGUCCUAAAGAACCUCCCAAAUCUCUAAAAACUGUAACUGCAGAAGUGCACUCUGUACCUCGUUCCAAACACAAAACUUUUGGAUGGUUUUAUCGGUAUGAAGGAAAAUUUCCCACAGUCCGCAAGAAAAAAAAGGAGCAGAAUAAGUCAAAAAGUGACAGCCUGUGUGAACAGAAGAAGAAUAAAAAGGAAAUGGAGUUUGAGCAAAAACUUGCCAAAGAGAAAGAAGGAAUGCUGGAGAAAGAAAAACAGCUGAAAAUAAAUCGUCUUGUGCAAGAGGUAUCUGAGACAGAACGAGAAGACCUGGAAGAAUCAGAAAAGGUGCAGCACUGGGUGGAAAGACUUUGUCAGACACGGUUAGAACAGAUUUCCUCUGUGGAAAAUGAGUCUCCUGAGUUGACAAGUGGACGUCCUUCUGCUUCUCCUUCCGCUACAUCAAUGCGGCGUUUUGCUGGUGGCCUGCAGCUUCAUACCACAGAUCUUGAUGAUAUAAACUUAGAUGAAGUUGACAAGCCUAAACAACGUGUGGCACCACCUCUGCCACCACCACCCACUGUUACUCCAGCAUCAUCAGCUCAUCCUCUUCCUACGGCAAAUGUUCCACUUUCAAGAGGUCCAGCCCUGGCAGUAACACCAGCUUCCCAGGUUGUAAGAAACACUUCGCACGUCGGCAAAGUGUCUUCUGUGUCAAGCAAUCCACUGCAACUUGCUCCAAGUCCACCUACCCAACGACAUCCAGGGGUACCAAUAGUCUCUAAACCAGUCAUGCUGCAUCCUGACCCAAACUUUAUGGUCAGGCCAACAAUCAAAUCAGAGGCCCUGCCACAAGAGAUGUUUAAAAGGAUGGUGGUUUACAAUUCAUCAUUUAGAUCUAACAAAAAACAAGGCUUCCAGAAAUACUUGGAAGAUUUUGAUCCAUAUUCAAUGUUUACCCCAGAGCAGAUUAUGGGAAAAGAUGUACGGCUAUUACGAAUUAAAAAGGAAGGAUCAUUAGACCUUGCAGUUGAGGGAGGAAUUGAUUCUCCAAUUGGGAAGAUAGUCGUGUCUGCCAUCUACGAGGGUGGUGCUGCAGACAAACAUGGAGGCAUAGUGAAAGGGGAUGAAAUACUAGCUGUAAAUGGCAAGAUAUUAAUUGACAGCAGGCUGGCAGAAGCACAGGCAACUCUAGCGAAAGCUUGGAACAUGGGUGGGGAUUGGAUUGACUUAGUCAUUGCAGCAUCACCCCCAAAGCAAUACGAUGAUGAAAUCCCUACUAUUCCCUCAUCAACAAUCAGUCCCAACACUCAGAGAAAGGUUUUUGAAGGCAGUGCACCCGUGUACAGACAAGGGUAUCUCCUGCAGCUGUAG